AUGAAAGGUGGUGAAACCAAAGCUGGGCCGAAGAGCACCGAUAGCAGAUUGAAAACCAGAGGUAAGAAAGCUGGGAAGAAAGUGAAGGACCCAAACAAGCCUAAGAGACCCCCGAGUGCUUUCUUCGUCUUCCUGGAGGGCUUCCGAAAGGAGUUCAAUCUAGCCAACCCUGACAACAAAUCCGUCGGCGCUGUUGGUAAAGCUGCUGGAGCGAAAUGGAAAUCGAUGACUGAUGAAGACAAAGCGCCUUAUCAGGAGAAGGCGGCGACCAAAAAGAGUGAUUAUGAGAAGACGAUGAAACAAUACAACUUGAAACUGGCUAAUGGAACCAAAACAACUGGAGAUGAUGACUCUGACAAGUCCAAGUCCGAAGUCAACGAUGAGGAAUUAGGUGGAAGUGAAGAGGAGGAAGAUGAUGAUUAA